AACCCAUUAUUUGAUUUCAUUGUAUUACGACCAACCGAGAUGGAAAACUUAUCGGCUGCUCAGGAGCUGAACAAGACUUUGGGGACUUGGAUGGAGCACAGCAUUCAAUACAAGGUGAUAAGUAGUUUAUUAGUGUUCGCGAUAUGCGCCUUCGGGAUAGUUGGCAACGUUAUGGUCAUCUUGGUGGUGCUCACCACCAAGCACAUGAGGACACCGACGAAUUGUUACCUCGUCAGCUUAGCCGUGGCAGACCUCAUGGUGCUGACGGCGGCGGGCUUGCCAAAUAUUACGGACAGCGUCUUUGGAUCGUGGGUGUUUGGACACUACGGGUGCCUUUGUAUCACCUACUUCCAGUACCUGGGAAUCAACGCUUCGUCUUGCUCCAUCACUGCUUUCACCGUGGAGAGGUACAUCGCCAUUUGCCACCCUAUAAAAGCCCAGUUCCUCUGCACCUUGUCCAGGGCGAAGAAAAUCAUCGUGUUCGUGUGGGUUUUCACCUCCCUGUACUGCGUGAUGUGGUUCUACUUGACCGACACGGAGGAGCUCCUCUACGACAACGUCACCGUGGUGGCCUGCGGCUACAGAGUGCCGAGGAAGCUUUACAUGCCCAUCUACUUCUUCGACUUCGGCGUCUUCUUCGUUUUGCCGCUGCUGCUCUCCGCCAUUCUGUACGGGCUCAUCGCCAGGAUCCUAUUCCUGAACCCCCUGCCCUCGGAUCACAGAGGGAGGAGGAAGAGCGGGAACAGCAACGCCGCAUUCAAACAGACAAGUUGCAAAAACAGCCGCCACUGCAACUCCACCGCCACCUCCCGCAGACAGGUGACCAAGAUGCUGGCCGUGGUGGUGAUCCUGUUUGCCAUGCUCUGGAUGCCCUAUCGCUCCUUGGUGGUGGUCAACUCCUUUCUGGACCAGGCCUACCUAGACACCUGGUUCCUGCUCUUCUGCCGGAGCUGCAUCUACCUCAACAGCGCCAUCAACCCCGUCAUCUACAAUGCAAUGUCCCAGAAGUUUCGCGCCGCCUUCCGCAAGAUCUGCCGCUGUGGGCGGAGGGGCACGGAGAAGCCCGCCACCUAUGGCGUGGCACUCACCUACAGCGUGGUCAAGGACACAUCCUUGGUGGAGAGCACCGACCACUUUACCACAGAGCUGGACGAACUCACCGUCACAGAUGAACUGCUGCCCGAAAAGAGCGUCAUGUACCAGGACACGUGUGUCUAUGGGAAGGUGACUUUUAGCAGUGGCUGA